GUUAGACUCCGCCUGGGUCACGGUGCUACCGGCACCUGGUAGGUCCUGGGAGUGGAGAGGGCGUGGAGCAGUCGGUGGGUGUGGAGAUCCGCGGCUCACAACACGGAAGUCAGAAAGUUCCCCGUAUCCAAUCGAGAUUUCGGCUUAUCCACCAAAGACAUGUUUAGAUGUAGAUUAUAAAUAGUGGGAAAAAAACACAAUUUGGUGAUGGGCUAUACAAUCACCUGUUGACUCUUUUCAAAGAUCUGACCCAGGUCUAUGCUGCUGCAGCACCUGACUCCUAUCUCCAGGAAUCGUUUGACACUAGGAAACCAUGAAUCCUCCGGGAGCCGCCACGGAGAAGGAGCCCAGCCCGGGCGCCGCCGUGAACCAGAUGCCGAUGGAGUUCCUAAUGCACUUCGGGAAGCUCCUCCUGGUCCUCUACCCGGUAUACCUGACCGGCUACCUGGGCUUCAGCAUUAGCUGGGUGCUGUUGUGCCUGCUCAUGUGGACCUUGUGGGGCAAGAACCAGCGAAGCAAGAGCGCCCGGCUGGACACGGCGGUGGGCUUCGUGGAGGACGAGAAGAGCGUGAUCAAACGGGAGCUGAAGGCGCUCAACAUGCCGGCGUGGGUCAGUUUCCCAGAGGUUGAAAAGGUCGAAUGGCUGAAUAAGAUCCUGUUGCAAGCCUGGCCGUUCUUUGGAAUGUUCAUGGAAAAGUUCCUGAAGGAGAAGGUCCAGCCAUCCAUCCAGAGUUCUAACCCUGCCCUCAAAACUUUCACCUUUACCAAAGUGCACUUUGGCCAGAAGCCCCUGAAGAUCACUGGAGUGAAGGCAUAUACUGAGGAAGUGGACAAGAGAGAAGUCGUCCUAGACCUGAAUCUCAGCUAUGUGGGUGAUGUGGACAUUGAUGCCGACGUGAAGAAACCAAUCACUGCUGGAGUGAAAAGUCUGGAGCUUCAUGGAAUGCUGCGUGUGGUUCUGCAGCCCCUGAUUGGCCAGUCUCCCUUGGUGGGCGGGAUCACAAUGUUCUUUAUACGCCGACCGACUCUGGAAAUAAACUGGACAGGAGUGACCAAUUUCCUGGAUUCACCAGCGCUAAAUAACAUGACAGAAUCCGCCAUCUUGGAUGUGAUCGCCUCCAUGAUGAUGUUGCCCAACCGCAUGUGUAUCCCCCUAGUAGACCAGGUCAAGGUGGAGCAGAUGCGCUUUCCCCUUCCUCGGGGGAUAGCUCGAGUCCACCUCGUGGAGGCCCAAGAUCUGGUUGCCAUGGAUAGUUACAUGAUGGGGCUGAUGAAGGGGAAGUCAGACCCGUAUGCCAUCCUGAAAGUGGGCAGCACCCAGAAACGCAGCAAGACAAUAAAGGAGACUCUAGACCCUUGCUGGCACGAGGUCUAUGAGUUUGUGAUCCACGAGGCACCAGGGCAGGAGCUGGAAGUAGAGCUUUAUGAUGAAGACACGGACAAGGACGACUUCCUGGGCCGCUUUAAUCUGGAUUUUGGAGAAGUGAAGAAGUUGCGAGUUAUGGACAAGUGGUUUCCACUGGAAGGAGUGGACCAUGGGAAGGUCCAUCUGAAUCUGCAGUGGAUGUCACUUCAAACGGACCCCAAACUGCUCGUGGAGACCCUGGAUGGCUGUUCUUGUGCUAUGCUUGCUGUGUAUGUGGACAGCGCCUCCAAUCUGCCAAAGAACCAAAGUGAGUUCAGCCAUACUGAGAAACCAGGAAAACACCACAAGGAGACCAAGGUAACCAGGAGAAAUGCCAACCCGGACUCCUAUGUGGAAGUCUCUGUUGACAAACAGAGUCAGAAAAGCAAGGUGGCGUUUGCAUCCAAAGACCCAGUCUGGGAGGAGUGUUUCACUUUCUUCGUUCAAAGUGUGACAAACCAGUCUCUUCACGUGCAGGUUAAACAGCACGAGAAGAAAACACUACUGGGCACUUUCACGCUGCCUCUCGCUCGCCUCCUCACCGUCUCUGAAAUGACGCUGGACCAGCGCUUUCUGCUGGAGCGCUCAGGAGCCAACAGUCAUCUCAAGAUGAAAGCUUCCCUCAGAAUCCUGAAGCCAGAAAAGCCAGAGCCUAAAAGCAUGAGUCCCCCCCCUGGCUCUCAAACCCAGAAGACCUCAGAGGGACAUCUGCAAAACACCGUUUCCACCCCUGGAGUACAGAGCACCCCCAGUACACUGCCAAAAGCCUCACCCAGUACCCUGACCAAUGCCCAUCAUGGUACUUUGCCCAGUACCUCAUCCAAUACACUAACCAAUGCCCAUCCAGAUGCCCUGCCGAGCGCCCCCUUGGUCAAUGCCCCCAGGAAGUUCCAAUCAGAGUACGCCCCCCAUCGGACCGAGUCGGCGUCUGACACGCAGUCGAUGCACUCUUCCACGGCCAGCUACAGGGACCUCUCGCACCUUUCGCACUCCCACAACAUUCUCUCCGAUAAAUCCAUGGCAUCGUCGCGCUUCGACCUGACAGAGCCCUAUCCUGAGGCCAUCCUGAACCACCAGGGGGACUUUGGAGCGAUUCAUCUGACUGUGCGGUACACUGCCCUGAGGAAGAAGCUCAUCGUUGUCGUGAAUGCCUGCAGGAGCCUGUUCCCCUGUAGCGAUGAAGGUUCUGACACCUACGUCCGUAUCUACCUGCUUCCUGACCAGUCCUGGAAACACAGGAUGAAGACGUCCGUGAGGAAAAAGACCAUGAAUCCGGUCUUCAAUGAGAAGUUUGAAUUUUCUGGACCGUUAGAAUCGGUAAAGACCAGGAAGUUAGAUGUAGCCGUGAAAAACAACAGCAUGUUCCGCAAACGUGAACGAAAGGACAUUGGGAUGGUAAUGAUUGAUUUAUCCGAUAAGGACCUAACCAAAGGCUUCACUGACUGGUUUGAGCUAACCUUACCUGGGCUGAACAGGCCAGAACAGAGGGAAAUUUAAACCAACUUCCUCUGCACGAAUGAAGACUCGAGAUGUGGAAAUUCAUUCCACGUUUUCUCCUCUCCGUCUUUCAUUUCUGCUAUUUCUAGUAACGCUCUUAUGUUACCUUGAAUUUAUUUAAAAGCAUUUUAUAGAUGAAUAGUCAUUUCUUGAAUGUACAUAUGUUUACUGUUGACGUCUCUGUACUUCUCUGAAUUUUUCUGUAUUUGAAAUUUUAACAUGAAUUUCGUUUUUGCUUUUUUUUGUAUGAAUGGAAAAUGUGAUAUUGUAAAGGCAUAAAUUUGUAUGAAAUAUAUAUAUUAAAGUAUCAAAUUCAGGGAAUUUAGUCAUGCAGUGCAUGGCUAUUGAGAAAAUAAAGUUUGGUGAGCAAUAAGGAGCAUAUAGUUACGAUUCCCGUUAUUUACGUAGCCUUCCGUGUUCAAUGUAUGUACAGCCGUGUAUUUGGAUUGCACGAUAGCCGUCGCUAUGUCACUAGUGCGGGGUCAGACAGCCUGUGUGACGUGUCAGUGUGCGGAAAGCUGUGCGGCUGCUUCCAGAGCAUACCUGGCAAGCAGAUUAAUGAAACAUUAACAAAAUGUUACCUGUCUGAAACACUGGCACUCAGAAUUACAGGAAAGAGAGAUGAAGCAGCACCACAAACUCGGGGUUAUAUAAAUACUUUUACUGUUCAACCCUCUAAUCAUAUUCAGGAGGUUGGGCUACAAGUUACAUUAAUUCAUUCAAAAUUUUUU